AUGUCUUCUAACUUACGCUCAGCUGUCUACGUUGCGCCGCCUAUUCCAGUCAGUGACCGACCUGGAGUUUACUGGUCGCCCAUCUCUUGCACCCUCGUCUACUCGAGUAUCGAAGCGGUCCUGGUCGACACGCCAAUAACCAUCUCCCAGACAGAGGAUCUCAUUACAUGGAUUGAGGAUAUUGCACCAAACCGCAAGCUCCGGUACAUAUAUAUCACUCAUGGGCACGGCGAUCAUUUUUUCGGCAUCCCCCUUCUGAUCAAGCGCUUCCCAGAAGCAAUGCCACUGGCAACCACUGGCACUGUGGCGCACAUGGAACAACAGGUGGAAGAGAAUUACUUCAAGACAAUGUGGGAGAUUCGUUUCCCGGGCCAGAUUCAUCGCCCCUUUGUUCUUGCCAAGCCUAUCCCGGGAGACUGGGCCGGGCGUUUUCAAAUUGACGACAAAUGGGAUUUUGAAGUCAAGGAAUGUGGCCAUAGUGACACCUAUUCUUCGACAGUUCUAUGGGUACCUGCUCUGCGUCUUGCGGUGUGCGGAGACGUGGUAUAUGGCUCGGCUCACCAAAUGCUUAUGGAAGCAAAUACUAAAGCGAAGAGGGAUGAGUGGAUUCGGGGCAUCGAAUUAGUCCGAUCAUUGGACCCUGCGUACGUUGUGGCAGGCCAUAAAAGGGCAGAGGAGAUUGAUGGCGUAUGGCAUUUGGACUCCACAAAGAAGUAUAUAGAAGACUUUGGCAAAAUCCUGCAGAACGAACCGACCACUGCGGAUCAAGUGUUCUCUGCCAUGAUGGAGCUCUACCCGGACAGGCUCAAUCCGGCCGCACUUAAGCUGAGCGCGAUGGGAGUCUUUAUGGCCCCAAAGGAGGCACGUAUCUAA